UAGCAACAGCUACGCGAAAGAAGCGUUCCCGGAUUUGCGCUUUGUUUUGCAUUUCCGUGCUGUUUGUAUAUUAUUUCUUUUUAUUUGUCUUCUGAAAACUAGUUCAUGGUCUGAAGCAGUAGCAUGCAAUUGUUGAUUUAGAAACGUGACAUUAAAAUAUUAAGCUCAAGAAAGAAAUUGUUUACUUCAUCAAUUGAACGAUAAAAGGUCGAUAACCAAACAUAAAAAUGCCAGAAGCUAUACAAAAUCUGGUUUCUGAAGCCAAACGGAAUCGAUUUUCUACGAUACCAAAAUUAUCAGAAGAUGAUAUCAUCAGUGUAUGGGACAGUGUAUCUGAAUUUAUUGAAAUACAGAUGCAAGGUCAAAAAGGUGUUCACAUUGCCAAUUUGGGAACAUUCACAUUUGUUCAUAAGAAGAUGGACAUUGGAAACAACAAAUUCAUUCUUCUGCAACGACCUGUUUUUGUUCUAUCUGAAAAAUUUGCCCAGACACAUGCUCUACAAUACACUAAAUAUCACACCACAGGUGAAAUUCCUGUUGUUCAGCUGAAUUUUACUGUUCUUGCGAUGGAAACACCAUUUGACAGAGAUACAGUUGAAUCAUGUGUUCGUGAAGUUUUGCAGGCUCUUUCUCGUGCUGUUGCAAGUCAACGGAAUGUUGAAUUUCUGUUUCGUGGCAUAGGAGUCUUGAACAUCCGAGAUUCAAAAGUGAAAAUGAAGUUUUUUAAAGAUUUUUUGAACAGCAUGGAUGGAUCUGGAAAUCUCGUACGAGUACUUGCUAAUGAAUUAUUCAAUGGAACUUGUUCUUCAAGUGUAGCAGAGAUAGUCAAAAAAUGCAUGAAGAGGCCAGGAACAGCAGAUUCUGUUAUGUCAACACAAACCUCUCUUGGAGGUCGGGACAGGCCUUCAACCAACACUCUGAUGUUACCUAAAUUGAAUGGAAAAAGAGAUUUAUUGCCACCAAUUACCGAACAUGGUGUAGAUGAAGAAAUGCUUUCGGAAGAGAAAAUUCCACUUCCACCUACAAGAACAAGCAAUCGUGAAGUAAUGCGACCACACCCUGUUGUCGGAGUCAGCUUAACUGCAGAUGAAUUACAUGAAGCCAUGCCAGCUCGAGACGGUGUUCGUGGAUCAGCUGUGAAAAAGCUACCAAGUCCUCCUCAUACACCUACUAGAAUGAAGCCUGAAACAAAUUUACAGAAUACAGAUGUUCCGGGACCACCACUAACACCUAGUAGGCCAAAGUAUGAAAACAGACAAUUGGGUGGUGAAGCUGGAGAUUCUCCACGUCCAAACUCAGCACCACUGCAAACUCCCGAACCUAAACUGAACGUAUCUGCUAGAAUUUCGCCUCCAGCUUCAAGCAUUUGUUCGUCUCCUGCACAUCACCAUGGUGCUGGACAAGAGCUCUGCUACCUGUGCAUGCAACGUGCCAUGAGAAACAUCCCAGUGUCCUUUGAAGAGGAAAGAAGAAGAAAAGAGAAAGAACAGGAUGCUUUGCUUCAGCAAUAUCAACAAAUGAAAGAUCAGGAAGCAAUUCUUAAAGAACAGGCAUCUCAGAACAUAGCGAGGCAUUCAAAUCAGAAAAUAGCAGCUUUCAAUCUUGGUGUUGCGGAAUGCCUUCGUGAUGUCAAAGCAAAACGUUCCACUGACUUUGUGAAAUCAUACCUAUUUCAACAUCGACCUCUCACUCCUCUGCGUUUUUAUAAGCAAGAAGAAUACAGUACUGCUUUGGAAGAACAGGUAAAACUGAAAAAGACUCGCUCCAAACAAGAUCGUCAUGAUCGAGAAUUCCUUGAACGUUUGGAACAAGUUCAAUUGGCUGAGGACCUCUCAGCACAAAGGGAAGAAUAUUUGCGAAACAAAGCUGAACAGAUUGCACAAUAUCAACGAGCUCUCUCAGCACAGAUAAAAGUAAGAAAGAAGCAUUUUAAGAUACAGGGAAGAAGUCGUUCAAGGCGCCAUCUCAGUGUACCAAGACCUCAGAUUCUAAAUCCAUUCAAAGCAGAAAAGGAGGAAAAUCAGAAAGGAGACAAGGUGCGAAGCAAACCAUUACCAAUGCCAAAAGCAGAACCAGAUUCGAAAGAUCCUAUUUUUGGAAAAUUUGAUUCGACUAAUGAGAAACUUCUAGAGCAAAGAGAAAGAGCAAGAGCCCUUUACAAGAACCAACUGAACAUGGUUGCUGAUAAGAAAAAGGAAUCCAUUCUUCAUCAUUUGACCAAACAGAAAGAAGAGAUUGAAAUGUUGAAACGCACAAGACAAGAGCUUAUUGAAGAUCGUAUAAAUGCUCAUAACCGAGCAUAUGAGAUGCGUCAUUCCUUGGAAGACAACUGGAAAGAUCAUACUCGUAGCAAGCACAACAGAGAACAUGAAGAAAAACAGAGAAUGAGAACACCAGGAAUGCUUCUUCUUCAACAAACUGAGAAAUAUGAUCGAUGCGGCCAAUGUGAGAGACGUGUUACAAACUGCGGAGAAUCAAACAUAUGGAGCGAAUCUCGUUACAUUCCUGGUUCAAGACUGAUGGUUUAAAUAAAUUU